AUGGCGGCGGUGGCGACACUUGUGCGGCGGGCGAGGGACUACGUGCAGACCAAGGAGUUCCGGGAAUACCUGGCUAGCACGCACUUCUGGGGUCCUGUGGCCAACUGGGGCCUUCCACUGGCAGCCUUCAAGGACAUGAGGGCGUCCCCGGAGAUAAUCAGCGGCCGCAUGACGACAGCGCUCGUUUUCUACUCGUUGGCUUUCAUGCGCUUCGCCUACCGAGUACAGCCUCGAAACUUGCUGCUGAUGGCGUGUCACGGCGCCAACGUGGUGGCGCAGAGUAUUCAGGGGACCCGCUACCUACUGUACCACUAUGGUAGCAUCGGAAUGACCACCCCUGCCGACUCUCACGACCCUUCAGCGACCAGCUCCAGCCAGGCGUCUGCCGCCCCUGCUUCUCAGUCCCCAAAAUGACUUCCUUAUAUGACUGAGAGUGAUCGAAUCUUGCAAGCAUUAAAUUUCUCCUACAGAAAAAAACAGUUAAAGCUUUGGUUUUGACUCUACAACAGUGCGAGUCUGACUUAAACCUGCCGUUUGGUUAAUAAAAAAAUGGAAAAUAGCACCGACUAAAGUUGUUGGGUCUUGCUUAUUUUGUGAACUGGAAAUCAAAUGUUUUUAGAGGUGAGGGUAGAUUAACUGGUCUUCCUCUUCAUGGGACCUGCAACUUGAGGGUUAGUUUAUAUGGGGAAGGAAGACUUUUUGUUUUUCUGUUUUAAUGGGAAAGACACUUCAAACUAUCCACUAACUCAGUUUUUUGUUUUUUAAAGUUCUCUUGAGACCAUGUUUCUAUUACUUGUUUUGGUAUACACACACACACAACUUCAAAGUGUUUAAAUUCAGUGAAAUCCAGUUUAGACUUUUAAGGAGUACAUUAAGGGAACCUAGAAUCUCUUUGUGACUGAGAACAAUUACAGAAUCUU